UCCUGCACAGGGUCGAUUCUCAGCACAUAACGGCAAUAUUCUUCGUCAGAAUCAACACUACUGAGAUCUGAGGAAGAGUCGUAGGCAUCCUCACUCUCCAGUUCGAGGUCGUAGGAAUCAUCGCUGUCCAUCUCUUCCCCGGUCUGGCACAGGACUACAGCAGAGCAGUGAGAGUGAGCCAUCUUCGAAAGUCUACUCCGACGCCUGUUCUGUUUGGGGUCAUCUGUGGGCGUUUUCACACAUGUUCUAUCCUUCAGACAAUAACAAUCACCCAAUCAACGGACUAUUGCCACUGUAAUGAUUGCUCUUCUUGUUAAUGGGCCGUCAAACAUCAUUAACAGAUCCAAAAUUGUGCAUGUUAUUGUUGCCAUUUAAUAGACCACUUUAUGAAGAACAAAAUUACAUGACAAAUGCGCCCUUGUGGCGGGAAGCUGACAGUAACAACACAUUGCUUACAUUGACUAACACAGACGAGAGAACAUCGGAGAACAGAAAACAGACGAAAGAAGAAGAAUGGCACCAACCUGGAAGGAUCAAGAAAUUUGUGAGCUGCUGACCAUCAGAGCUGAUGCCGAGAUCGUGAAACAGAUGAAGGGCACAGCAAGAGAUUCUGUGAUGUACGAAAGAAUCACAAUGCGACUACAAGAUCAGGGCAUCAAGAAAACGAGGCAACAGGUGAACAACAAGCUGAAAAUGCUUAAACGACAGUACCACAAGGUGGUAGACCACAACAACCGGAGUGGGAAUGGUUGGAAAACAUUCCCAUACUUUGACUUGUGUGAGGCGAUCUGGGGCACCAGACAUUCCACGAUAUUGUCCGCAUUGUCCGCCACCAUGCAGAUGCCCUGCUUUUCCGAACAUGCAUCGCAUAGGCCUACAGAAGAAGCAUCCACCUCAGAUGGAUGUCGAGAGGAUCUCGUAGCACCACCAUCAGAGACGGUGUCAUGCUCAGACAUGGCAUCUUCACCUUCAGAGCCAGCUGAGGAGAGCGACAUUGAUGAAGCAUCCGUCUCCAUGUGCGGCUCCCUCUCAAACCCAGUGUCUUCGCCGCCCGCUAAAGUGAGGAGGGUGAUGAUGCGCCCAGGGGUUGUGACCGCGAGUGACCUGAGGGACAUACUGUUGGAAGUCGAGAGGGUUGCGCAGGAGCGCGAGGAUCAGAGGAUAGUGGAACAGCGGCAGUAUGACGAGCAGGUGCGGAGAGAGAGUAUGCUGCUCAAGGAGAGGGAGCUGAAAGCUCUGGAAGAUCUGACGGGUAUUCUCCGAAAUGUUUUACAGCCGAUGCCCCCAGCCACUCAGCCGUAGCCUACCAUCCUCCUCACUGGGACCAAAACCACGACGGGCCUUCAUACACUCGCAUGUGAAUGUGAGGAUAAAUCAAAGCAGCGCACUCGCACACGGCCCACCAGAUGGCUCGCACGCACACUUGGUUGACCAGACAGCCAACGCGCACUUUUUUAGUGCAUCACUUUUUCUUUUUGUCAUUUCUUUUCAAGAGAGACUUUUCCUAGCUUAAUGUAUACUUAAUUACAUAGGUUGCUUACUGUGACUGUGCCACAUUUAAGUCUUUGUGUGUACAAUAAAAAUGUACACUGCAA